AUGGACCAUGUGGAUUUUGGGUACUCUCUUAUCGGUAAAAUCUUCAAACUUGGUUUUAAGCCUGACAUUAUAACGCUUACUACCUUAAUCCACGGGCUUUGUAGGGAGGAUAAAUUUGGUGAAGCUGUGGAUUUGUUUGAUGAUAUUGUUGAAAAAGGGUAUCAACCUGAUGUUUAUACCUAUACUGUAAUUGUGAAUGGUCUGUGUAAAAUUGGGAAAACCCUUGUGGCCUUUGGUGUUCUGAAAAGAAUGGUCGAGGAAGGGUGCCUACCUGAUGUGGUCUCAUACAGUGCUAUCAUUGACAGCCUCUGCAAGGACACAUUGGUUAGUGAGGCAUUAGACCUCUUCUUCAAAAUAAAGAGUGAAGGUAUCUUACCUGAUUUUGUGACCUACAGCACCUUAAUCCGUGGUUUGUGUAUGUCAAGCAGAUGGAAGGAAGCUUUUAUGUUGCUUAACCAAAUGUUGAGAGCAAACGUUACACCAGAUUUAAUUACCUUCAAUACUUUGAGAGCAAACGUUACACCAGAUUUAAUUACCUUCAAUACUUUGGUUGAUGGACUUUGUAAGGAAGGAAAGGUUUCAAAGGCUCAUGGCGUAGUCAAAUUGAUGAUGCAGAGUGGAAUAGAGCCUAAUGUUAUCACCUACAAUUCAUUGAUGGACGAAUAUUGUCUACACAACCAAGUGCAUCAAGCUAGAGGAAUUUUUAACCUGAUGGUAAGCAAGGGCUGUACACCUACUGUUGUUACCUACAGCAUCUUGAUUCAUUGUUACUGUAAGAGAAAAAGGAUAGAUGAGGCAAUGUGGCUUCUUGAUGAAAUGCCUUGCAAAGUGGCUUCUUGA